AUGAGAGUGUCGGGACACGACUCCAGCAGAACCCCACCACAGAAGCCUGCAACAGCAACACUGACAAGGGGAUUCGCAAGCAAACCUGGCUGGGCUGGCUACUGUUUCGAAGCGCUGAUGCCAGCCAGCAACCACCACCACUGCCACCUCUCACAUCCUGAACAACGAACCAAGCGACGCACACCCUUCCUUUCUCUUCCUACACCCCGCGACCUGGCCUCUCGAGACAUCUAG